UUUUGUGCCGCGGUGUGUCCGUGUAUGAUACGCGUUUCGUGUUCGUGUACGCUUUAGGCUGCGAGCUAAGCUGGCCCCCUUCAAAGAAUCGAUUAAACAGCGGAACGCUAGAAUCCGAACCAUUUUGUGCGCUGCUCAAAGUUCAAUACAACCCAGUGAAAAGUGCCCAAUCUAGGUGGAAACUGUAAUCGCAGGCUUGUGCAAGCUGGAGUGAUUGUGUUUUCUCCACUAAAAGACUUCCAGCCUUGUGAGAAUAUCCUGUAGUGUAGUGUGUGAUGGUGUUGGUGGCGUUUAAUCUGAAAUGUCCUCCCCGUUGAAAGGCAAAAAAGGAUGCUGUGUGUCUUUGUUCAGUGAAUGAGCGCUGUGACGCCAGCAGCGAUAGUAGUUGUUAGUAAGAUUCCCGCUAGGAUAUACAAUCCUUUGUGUCCUGUGUGGUGUGCUUCAUGAAGUGAUAUCAAAAAUAGAAUUGAAAAGUCUUUAAAAGUACACAGGUUUUGAAGCAUGAUACAAUCGUCGAUGCAGAAAGCAAAAGUGGCAUCCCCUUCGAUCAUCCGGUCGUCAGCCGAAGUGAGAGUGCCAAUGAUGCAUUGAAAAUCUGGCAUCCGCGUGUUUCAAUUCAGUGAUUAGGUUUUUAUGAUUAAUUUUACAUGCUUUUAUUUACUCGCUGGAUUGGAAGCGAAGCAGUCAGUGUAGAGGUAGUUGAUGAGACCAAUCUGCGGUAAUUGAUGGUGAGAUUGUGUUGCAUUCCGUUGGUCGGCCGUACAACUGCUUUCGAUUCGUGCCAAUAGAAAUAAAAUUCACAAUCUACUCGGCUGAAUCCACAUCCAUAUGAGCAUUGAGCCCGAGCAGCCAAGAGGGGAAUCCUACUCGUACUCCCGGCUGGUCAAGCGAAUAAUGCAAGCCCGAAAUACGCCAUGAUUUGACUGUCGGUUGCACCCAACGCUGGUAAUUGAGGGUUGUGUAAAUACCAUCCUCACCGUCGUCAUCAUCAUAGCACAAGCACAGAAGUGUCGUCUAGUUUUAAAAUGAUUCGGGUCAGAAUGCGACGGUACCAGAUGCCCGGUGACAACGCCAUCUCGCUGCGAUGAUCCCCGUCAAGAGCCGUCGAAGUGGUUCUUGAAUGAAAAUAGCGAUAAAGUGAAAAUUCGUUCGUUCCGCGGCAAGAAGAAUUGUUUACCGACCAGCGUCCAAAUAUCUGCAACUCGAAAGUACUUUGCUGGCAAAGCACAAGUCCAUUCACCGGUUCCGAGUGAAACCUUGCUCUAGUGCGGCGGCCGUGCAGUGUUGUUUAUUAUUUCUCGUUUCGAUUACUGUUUGGGCGUGAAGUGAGGUGAAGAGUGUGGCGAGAGCGAGAAUCCAAACAUCAUCAACUAUAGCAGCAGCAGGCAGCAGACAGGGUUUGCAAACAUUCAUUGAGCGCUGCUCGGUCGGUAGUGAAACUCAGCGUCCCCUCCGGCAACAACCAAGGGUUGUCAGGCGGGUGGGCGACCAACGGUGGCAGCGGUGUGGCGGCUGUAUUGCUUGGAAAAUGUUUCUAAAAUGUGGAUUAAUCGUUUUCACUCUUCUCGUCAUCGACAUCGAAAGUGGUUACGUAAGAGAGAUAAAGAAAGAACGUCCCCUCAACGAAUACAUAUCCCACUACGAAACACUUAGCUACGACCACAAACAUCUGCAUGCUAGUCACAGUCGAGCGAAACGAUCGGUCACCAAAGAUCACCAUGUACAUCUUAGGUUUAAGGCGCACGGAAGAGAUUUUAAUAUUAGGCUAAGACGAGAUCUCAGUACAUUUAGCGAUAAGUUAGAAAUUCUCACCGACAGUGGUCCAAUCGAGGCGGACACCUCCCACCUCUACCGGGGCGAAGUCCUGGGUGAUCCCGAGAGCCACGUGUUCGGUUCCAUCAUCGACGGUGUGUUCGAGGGCAAGCUGAUAACUGCCAAGGACAGCUACUAUGUCGAACGGGCGAAGCACUACUUUCGCAACAGCACCAACCCGGACACGCACCCGUUGCACCACGUGGACGACCACGACAAACCGUUCCACUCGGUCAUCUACAACGAGAAGCACGUGGACGACCCGUACCGGCACCGAAGGAAAGGUCAUCCCUCGGGCUGCGGUAUCAACGAUGAAGUGUCCGCCUGGAUGGACCGAAUCCAAAACUCUGCCUUGGACGACAGUGCAGAACAGCAGGACGACGAGGAAGCAGAUGAGACGGAGCAGCGGCAGAAGGACGCCGCGACCGCUGCCAGCCGGGAUGAAGCAGAGUCUGCCCGGCGGCGCAGCGCCGGCGAUAAUAGUGUGAAUAAUUCAGUAGAGCGGGAUUUAUUCCAAAAAUCAUCAACUCAGCCAAACUAUAAUAACGUUAACGAUAGCGGUAGUAGCAGCAUCGGCAGUAGCCAGCACUAUAAUAAUAAUUACCGUAAAAUUAAUUCUAAAGAUAAUGUGAAUACUAAUUAUAACAAAGCCAGUGAUGGUAACGGCGAUAGUAGCAGCAGCAGCAGCAGUAGUCCGAACCGGAUCGAAACCGGGUACGAGUUCAAAUUCGCUCACGAGAAGUACUCCAAGGCCGCUAACUGGCGGGCGGCUGACGAGAGUCCUGAUGACCGGGAGUGGCACCAGCGGUCCCACGAGCGGGUCAGACGCGCCAUCCGGAUGAAGGAGGAGAACAAAAACACCUGCUCGCUGUACAUCCAGACGGAUCCGCUGAUUUGGAGACACAUCCGGGAUAGCAUUGCUGAUCACGACCGGGGAGGCCGCAAGUCGGAGAUUGAUGAGAAAACUCGUGAGGAAAUUCUGUCGCUUAUUGCCCACCACGUGACCGCAGUCAACUACAUCUACCGGAAUACCAAGUUCGAUGGGCGGAUAGAACAUCGAAACAUUCGCUUUGAAGUUCAACGAAUUAAGAUUGAUGACGAUUCGGCAUGCAAUGAGAACUACAACGGAGAAUCGAAUCCCUUCUGCAUGGAGAACAUUGACGUUUCCAACUUCCUGAAUCUGCACUCGCUGGGGAAUCAUGAGAUUUUCUGCCUGGCUUAUGUGUUUACUUAUAGAGAUUUCACUGGAGGCACCCUGGGUCUGGCGUGGGUUGCUUCCGCUUCCGGUGCGUCCGGUGGUAUUUGCGAAAAGUACAAAACCUACACCGAAACGGUGGCGGGCUUGUACCAGAGCACCAAACGUUCCUUGAACACGGGCAUCAUAACGUUCGUGAACUACAAUAGCCGCGUUCCGCCGAAAGUUUCUCAGCUCACGCUAGCGCACGAGAUUGGGCACAAUUUUGGGUCACCGCAUGAUUAUCCUGCUGAGUGUCGCCCGGGAGGGAUAAAUGGAAACUUUAUCAUGUUUGCCAGCGCCACCAGCGGAGAUCGACCGAACAAUAGUAAAUUUUCCACCUGUUCGGUUCGGAACAUCUCCAACGUGCUGGAUGCUAUCGAAGAUAACAAGAAGCGCAACUGUUUCCUAGCAUCGGAGGGUGCAUUCUGUGGUAAUAAGAUUGUCGAAAUCGGUGAGGAGUGUGACUGCGGUUUCAACGAUGAGGAGUGUGCCGACAAGUGCUGCUACCCGCGGGUGAUCGGCGAGGUCGAUGCGGGUUUGAACGCAUCGGCCAAGGGUUGCGCACGGAAGGCACGCACUCAGUGCAGUCCAUCGCAGGGACCGUGCUGUGACAGCAGUACGUGCCGGUUCGUCUCGAGCUAUGCCAACGUUACCUGCAAGGAGGAAACGGAAUGCUCGUGGAGUUCAACCUGCAACGGGACGACGGCCGAAUGUCCCGAACCGAAGCCCCGCGAUGACAAAACCAAGUGCAAUAACGGAACUCAACUGUGCAUCAAGGGUGACUGUUCCGGUUCCAUCUGCCUGCUGUGGAACAUGACCGAGUGCUUCCUGACGUCCCACAUCAUUCCAAACAUCGACAAGCGCAAGCUGUGCGAGCUGGCGUGCCAGAACGGGAACGAUACCAACACCUGCCGGAGCACCAGCGAAUUUGCGCACCUAUUCCAGCUGCCGGAAGGUGGUAUUAGCUUGCGGCCCGGAUCACCCUGUGAUAACUUCCAAGGUUACUGUGAUGUAUUUUUAAAAUGCCGCGCCAUCGAUGCCGAGGGCCCGCUGGUGCGGCUGAAGAACAUGCUGUUCAACCGGCACACGCUGCAAACCGUCGCCCAGUGGGUGACGGAGAACUGGUACAUGGUGUGCCUGAUCAGUAUCCUAUUCGUCAUCUUCAUGGGCAUGUUCAUCAAGUGCUGCGCCGUGCAUACGCCCAGUUCCAAUCCGAAGAAACCGCCGGCCCGACGGAUUACCGAUACCCUGCGAAGGCCGAUGAACACUCUUCGGCGAAUGCGCCAUCACGGUGGUCACGGGCCGCGAAGUGUUCCUCCCGGGCCAAAUGAACGCUCUCGUGGUGGAGGUGGUGGUGGAGGAGGAGGAGGAGGCGGUGCAGGGGGAGGUGGUGGUGGCGGCAGAAGUAGAGGCGGCGGUGGUGCUGACGGUCAUGGCGAACGCCGAAGCGGGCAUCCGUCCUCCUCCACCGGCGGCAGUCGGCCGUCCAAUAGUUCCAGAGUGCCAGCGCAUGGGUAUGGUGAAGGCAGAGGCCAACAAUACUAUCCACCGAAAGCCGCUCACAAAAAGCGACAUCCCAGUAAGCAUAGAUCCAAAUCGUAAACCCGCAGAGGCGAUUAGGCUAAAAUCUACAGCUACAAAACGUCACACACACCCACACAAACAUACAUCACUAGUUUAUCAUACGCUUCUUUUGAAAGAGAGUGCUUAGCCAACAAACUUAUUCAUACACUAGGAUAAUCACGACUAUCACAAAAUUGAAAAGACAAAUUGAUCCCAGUCAAGCAUUAGUAGACUUGAUUUCGUUUGAGUGGCUGUAUUGUUAGAAACCGAAAACAUUGAUCCCAGGAACAAAAGUACAACUGCGCCACUGAUACAGAAUUAUAGCAGGAUGAGCAAUGCCGAGCUGUACGCCGAAGCCUAUCCGGAUCGGAGUACGUACGGCGAGCUGCCCCGGCGCCACCACACCAACAAUAAGGUCUGACAAGAUGGCCCUCGGUAUCAUCACCACCAAUUCCAGCUUUCCACUAGCGGCGACGGGCGUCCGCGUCUGCAGCUGCUAAAUGUGACAACAACAACAGUCGUAGGUGCAGCGGACAACGACGACGGCGGCGGCGGCGGCGCCAUCGACAACACUGAUGAUGACGCAUUCUUUGAGAAUGUCGAACGGAAAAUUCACUACAACAACAAUAACAAUAUUUAUAAGAUAUUUUUAUUUUUCUAAUAAGAUGAACCAAAAGAAGAAGAGGAAGAAACGCGGUAGCGGGAUGUAAGCAAGCAAGCACAGGCAGGCAUGAGCGAAAAGCGAAAAACUCACACUCAAUAUGAGCAGGAGGAAACCGAAAAUCAAAUAGACGUUUUUCUCAAUAUAAAAUAGAUGAAGAAGAUUAAAAGUUUUUUGGACGUGAGACGUGAGUGAUUUAACGGAUGGAGUGAAAGAGACAGAGAGCGAGCGAGAGUGUGAGAUAAGGAUUAAAAACAUAGUAUUAGGGUCGAUUCUAGACCAAGCUAGUACAGAUCAGGUUGAUUGCAGGAGACUAAUUUUCAUUAGCGUGUGAAACAUAUUUGAUUGAUCUAAAGCGAUUGGUUCAAAUCCAAUGGAUAGCAUUAGCUGCUUGUUUCCAACGGUGUUAUUGAUUGGGUUUCGGACUGGAUUGUGAUUUCGAAAGCAUACAGCAGCAUUUUCGAGCACGACUAGUAGGAAUCGUUCAUGAUUGUUUCACCAAUAAGUGUUAGGACAAUGGAAACGUAUCAAAAAACGGUGAUGGAAAACUGGUUAGAUGAGUUGUUUUAGCGCCCUCAGUUUGAGUAAGAGACAAAACGAAACGAAAAAUAAAACAACAAAACAUGAAGAGACAUUCACUUCAACUUUCCUUCGGGUCCAGAAAAAAUAGUGAACACAAAACAGAAGUUUAAACAAAAAAAAAGUUAGUAUUGCUAGUGAAAAGAAAAGUAUAACAGAAAACAUAGCAGCAGCAGCAAAGCGGGAGUAUGUAAACUGUGAAUUGCUUCUUUUCCUAUUUUCUAUUUUCCUCCGCUACGGAUUGGCGUGUGCGCCGUCACAAUUAGAUUGUGGUUGACUGUUCGAUGGAUUAUUUUAUGGAUAGUUUUAGAUAUGUAUAGCCGAGUCGUUUCGAUUCGUCGCGUUGGCUGAGGGGCUGACGAAGUUUGCAGUUGUGCGGAAAGUGAGGAAGCAAAAAUUCUAUCAAACCCGUUUGUUCAAAAUUGUACGUCACUUUCCCAUUCCGGCAUCCUUCUUAACGAGCAACAAGUACCAAAACUUGAACUAAUUUCGUUGGCAGAAUAUGUUCGUCAGUGGAAGGUUGUACUGGUUUUCCCCUGAAAAUAUUGUGAAAUUUAUUCUCUUUAUAUUUGACCUCCUCAGCAGAAGACUGACCAGACAGCUAUUAUUCUACUUAUAAAAAUCAGGCCCAAUUUCAUACUUUGAUCAGUAACAAUUUGUCCUUUGGCUACCAGGUACUAUCCAACAAACGGUACAACCUUCCGAACCUAGACGAAACCGAACGCCAACAAGCAUGAUCUGUAAUAUGUGAUAUAUCUAUAUAUUUUUUCGUCUAAUACCAAUAAGAUAGAAAGAGUGCAUUUUUCAUCCUGUGAACACUGUGGGUAGAAAAGACACUCGCACAUCGUUCAAAGUAUUAAAAAAGGAUUUGGUUUUCCGGUGGCUUCACCACCCGCGAUGGUUUACUACACUCAUUAUUGCUAACAAAAAAAAAUCUAGGUACGUAGAAACGCGCAGAGAUCGAACGUUUAGCACGCAUUUAAACUACAAAUUCUCCUCAAUACUGCCUCAAGCAACAACACUCCAAUUCGACGAGCAAACGAACAGAGUUUGAUAUUCCGCUGCCAAAUUGUCGCACGCGACGCAGGUACUCAAUAAUGGCAAAAUGAACAAAACCCUCACGAUUUUAUGUUAUUCCACUUGUUCCUGCAAUGGAACACUAAGCUAGCUAGCGUUAAGAUUGUUCGGAUUAAUCUAGGCCAAAAUAUGUAAUUUUAUCUAGUUACAAUGAAUUUUCCCCGAUUUCCGCAGGACCUUGAGUUUUCUUUUUGUUGGUGCGUUGGUUUUAGUCCAAAUCAUUGCUUGUUUUUUUCUGUUUCUUCACCUUUUAUUCUCUCUCGUUGGAGAAGUGUUGAUUACUGAGCUCCUCUAAGAAACGGAACAAAAAAAAAACUUUGUCUCUAGUUUAGUUAGGAAUUUUCGAUCCACUUAGGUAUCGGCGCUUCAGUCCGGAUCAACGGAAACGGCUAGCUAUGAGCAACAGGCGAUAUUUCAUAAGCGGCGAAUUUAGGAACGGCAUUUAGAAUCACUGCGAUAAGUUCUAGACAUAUAUUAUUAUAUUCAAAGGCGGACAAAGAUGAUAAUAAUUGAAAGGAUAACGAUCAAACACAACAAAAAAAGCAGAAGAGUCCCAAACAUCACGCGAUUAGGUUCGAAAACCGUGAGGAACGGGAAAGAAAAAACAAAAGAGAGAGAGAGAGGAAGGAAUGUGUAGCGAAAAUGAUGAGAAAUUGCGGAAAAGCGAAGAACAAAAACCAAUAUAUAUAUAAAGAUCUAUUUUUUAAUUUUUAUUAUAUACAUUCAUAUUAGACAUAUUGUAAAUUUAGAAGCGAACAAGUCUCCUACCAGUAAAACAAAGCAGCAACGGAACAAGACACGAUUGGAACUACAACACUUCUUUGCAGACGGGAUUGUGCGCAUGCGGGGAACGUACCAAGAAGAAGAAAGAGACAGAGAGAAAGAGAAAGUGAGGUUGUAAUUGAGUGAAAAACAAAAAAUGCGUAGGGAAUGGGUUACAAAUACAAAAAAAAAGAACCGCAUUGACCGCAACAUUUAGUACUGGAUCGUUUAUUGUGUAACACUUGUAAAUGUUUGUAAAUAGGGCAUUCAUCUGUCAUGCUCCAGAGUUGAUGGCGCAGAGAUGAGAUGACAAGCAGAGAUCUAAAUAAAGAACAGCAGGAAGAAAUAAAA